AUGGACAGCGAGGGAUUGAUUACAACAUCCUACUCGACUGAGGACAAAGGUCCUGGCAUCAUAGCGGCAGUAUGCAUCAUCGUCGGCAUCAGCACUCUCUUUGUCGCCAGUCGUCUAUUCGUCCGCAUCAAAAUCCUUGGCCAAACCCAUCUAGACGAUUACCUCACUGUUGUAUCUUUGCUUCUCAGCUACGCGACGGUAGCUCUAGAAAUCUGGGCCAUUCGCUGCGGUAAUGGUCGACAUGCCGACACACUUUCCCAAGAACAGCAGUCCGCCGCAAUCCUAUCCACGAUAUCAGGGUUUCCUCCGAAUGUCCUCGCAUAUACCGUACCCAAAUUUGCCGUCGUGGCUCUACUCGUCAGAAUUUUGAACCCUGGAAGGAUACACCAAGUCUUGCUCUGGUGCAUGGCGACGGGCUGUUUGGUGCUAGUGUCCCUUUGCAUAAUCAUACUAUUUGCCCAGUGUACGCCAACCCGCGCCCAAUGGGACUUCACUGUAACGGAAAAGAGCUGUUGGAGUCCGUGGGUUCUAGUCAAUGUUGCUAUUCUGACAGGAGCGUAUUCUGCGGCGCUCGAUUUAUAUCUUGCAGUUUAUCCUGCUACGGUUUUGAUGAGGCUUCAGAUGAACAUCAAGAAGAAGAUUAUUCUCAGCGUUGCUCUCGGGAUUGGAUCCAUUUCCUGCUUCAUCUCCAUCUAUAAGUGUACACGACUACCGUCUCUGGCCAGCAAAGACUUCACGUGUAAAGAUUGCUUGCCCGCCAGUCCCGCUCCAGCUAACGAUAAUGCAGAUGACAGCGCUGAGCUUGUUGUGUGGACAAUUGUGGAGGGCAAUACUCUGAUCAUCGCCGCCUGCAUACCCAUCCUUGGACCUCUUGUGGAACUCGCUUUGGGGCGCCGUGUUCUAAGUUCAACCGACCGCAAAUAUCAGAAGCAAAGCGACACGCUGGGGUUGCAGUCAGGUGGUAUUGAGAUGAACGGCUCUCGGUCAGUGCUACGGAACGGAAACAUCGUCGGCAAGACUUGCACCACCAUUGGUUCACGAAUUGACAGAGCAGAUGCAAGCAGUCAGGAGAGUAUUAUGGGGGCAGAGUCUGGGGCAAGUCCGAGAGUGGCCGGGAUUAUGAGAAGACAGGAUAUCACGGUGUCGUACGAGGGGGGUGGGAUGGCUGAUAAAUAA